UCAUGUAUAUUUACAGUGCAUCUGACAAGGGAUGAAGUCCACCAUCUUUCUAACACCGCUCCCCGAUAGACAGUACACUGUAGUCAUCUCUCACUGUCCACACCACUUGUAGUCGUCUCUCACUGUCCUACGUAUACAGACAAAGCCCAAUGCUGCAGGUGUUGCAGUUUCUUUUGAUUUCUGAGUUGUGAUUCAUCCUCAUCAGGGAAAACCAGGAAUAAUAAGAACCCAACAAGAUGGCCGAUGUUAGUCCACAGCGAAGUGAUGAAGAAGAAAAGAAUUCCAUUGCAGAUGGAGAUGGAGGUCAAGGCCAAACGCAACAGUCAAGCAAUCCACCAUCAAGGUCAUCGUCAAUAACAUCAGCAAAUUCAAACGCCUCGAAAUCGUCACAUCGUAAGGAGACAAACGUACCGGAAGUUCACAGAACAACGCCACCUGCAACCCUAUCCGUCAGGACUUCCAAGUAUGAUAACACAUAUGACAUCACAUAUGACGACAUCCCGCUCAACGAGAGCGCUCUUCACCAGGAACAUCAACAGCCCGAAGCACCGCCGGGCCAGGCUCCUCCGAAAGCGGGUACUCCAAGCCAUGUCUACACACCCCAAGUCAGCGCUUCCAAGUUCAGCAACGAACCCGGUAUCAUCAAGAUUGACCUGUCUGACCGAGACCCGACACACAUGAAUGAUGAUGUCAAGGUGGAGUUUGAUGACUUGUUCGCAGAACCGGACGGCUACCACAGUAUCGACUGUGUUUGGGUGAAUAGUUCUGUUGUUUUCACAAAAACUAAGUUUUGGUGCUAUCGGAUUCUCACUGCUAUUUUCGCAAUCCCGUGUGCGUUCUGCUGGGGAAUCAGUUUCGCAUGCCUGACAUGUGGCUUUGUAUGGAACGUGCGGCCAAUGAUUAGACGCUAUGCCAUAGAAAUAAUCCCUUACGCCAAAAUAUGGAGAAUAUUCAUAGAGGCCGUGGUCAGCCCCGUGUUUGAAGCUUGCGGAAGGAUAUUCAGCGGAAUUACAAUUACAAUGAAGAAGGAGUAACAGGGCUUGUGUUACUACACCAGUACAU